AUGGAGCCUCCCAAGCCAGAGCUUGCCGACGAAGGUCACGCUAGCGGACAAGAGUCUUUAUUAGGUGAUGAUUUUGAUGAUACCAACCACAUGAUGAUGUCCAGCACAUCCCCUCAGGGUGGUUAUGAAGUUGGUAUCGAAGGUGAUGUUGAGCCAAACUCUGUCACUCCUAAUAGUUCUCUACUGUCUCUGGCCAAACCCCCUGUUGAAUCAACGUUGGGACUUGAAGUUCAAUUAGAUUCGAAUGAAGUUAAGGCAUCAAUGGUUGAGGGUGAAACAGCAUUGAGUGAGGCACCGGAAUUGGCCAGUAUUGAUGAUUCCGUUAUUCCAAAAGAUGCUGGUGAAAUUGAAAUUUCAAAGAAUAAUUUUCAGAAGGAUCCUGUUGCUACAACCAUAGAACCUGAAAAUGACCAGCUUGCAACAGAUAAAGAAGCAGAAACACAAGAUGUAAAUGAAAUGGACUUCAAGGAGCCUGUAGUAGCAACAAACCUGGAAAUUACUCCAGAAGAAGAACUAGCCACACAAGAUAAGGCAGAAGUUGAUAAGGAUGUUAAUGCUUUGGACGAACUUCCGGGUCCUCCAAUUGAUAGUGUACCUUCCGAGGAUGCUCAAUUAGACAUGGAAGUUGAUGACCCAAAAACACUUAAAAAUCCGACAGAAGAAGCAAGUGAAGAAGCUGCCUCAAUCAAAGAUGAUGACUCUACCGUCCCAACAGCCCCACCAAUAGAAGAAGAGUUUACUGAUUUUACGGCUGAUAAUAUGGAAAUAGAUUUACCCAUUAUGCCUUCAUCCAAAUCCGAAGAUGCUGAUUUUUUGGCUCCCACAACUGAGUCUGAAAAAGCCGGAGCUGAUGUUAGUAAUGACAUGCCAAUAUCGGAUAAUGCAGAACCUAUUAUUAAGAAUGGCAUAUCCGAAACUUCGGCUAUCGCUGAUACUCCUCUGGAGAUGAGGCCAACUGAAGAUGAUAAUGACUCGGAUGAUGAGGCAGAAAUCGAGGAAGAAGAAGAUGAGGAAGAUGAUGAUGAGGAAGAUGAUGAUGAUGACGAUGAAGGGGAGGCCGAUGAUAAUGACUUGGACGAUACCGAAAAUGGUGUGGCCAAUGAUGAUAUUGUUGAUGAUACAUUAAAGUCUAAAAAGAUUAAGAGGAAGGAAUCAAAAAAGGCUAAGAAACUUCUCAAGAAGAAAUCUUCCGUUGUGUCUAUCAAGACUGAACUUAAGACGAAUGAAUCAACUCCUGUUGGAUUUGCUGAUAAACUUGAUGACGAAUCUUUCUUGGACGAUGCAGUUGUUCAAAAAGAAGAGAACCAGGAACCAUUUGUGGAUGAUAUGAUGAUAGAUGUGAAUGACGUUGAACGUGAACAAAAAGUUUCACAGGAAAUGGCUGAAGCAGAACUUGAAAUGAAGAAAGUAAAGUCAGAGGCAGGGAGACAAACGCAUACUAUUGUAUUACCUUCUUAUACCAUAUGGUUUGAUAUGAAGAAGAUCCAUAACGUUGAAAAGGAAUCUUUACCUGAAUUCUUUAACUCAUCACACCCUUCAAAAUCCCCCAAGAUUUAUCUUAAUUACAGAAACUUCAUGAUUAAUUCUUAUAGGAUAAACCCCAACGAGUAUAUCACGUUGACUUCUUGUCGUCGUAAUCUUGUUGGAGAUGUUGGCACAUUAAUGAGAGUUUACCGUUUCCUCAAUAAGUGGGGUUUGAUUAAUUAUCAAGUCAAGCCACAUUUCAAACCUGCUUAUGCAAUAGAGAGACAUCCUAAUGGACAACUGAUAGGGUUACCAUAUACCGGAGAUUAUCACGUCACCUAUGAUUCCCCCAGAGGGUUAUUUCCCUUUGAAACUUAUAAAGUGAAUCCUGAAAAAAUUAAUAUUGAAAAAUUGAAAACUAUUGUGAAUGGACCACCUACGGCAUCAAAUCAACAACCAGAUCGUAUUAAGGAAACUCCUGACCAGCAAAAACAGCAAAUAGAGGAUAGCGAUGCCUUCAAUAAACGGUCGUACCCUGGAAAGGCAGCCACUGACAAUGGUCCAUCACUGAAGAAGAUUCGCUUGGAAGAAGGUGAAAUACUUGGAAAAUCGUCUAUUCCUUGGACCAAUGAACAAUUUGACCAAUUGGUCAAAGGUGUAAAGGAGUAUCAAGGUGAUUGGUAUAAGAUUGCCAAGUCAGUGGAUGGAAAUAAGACUCCUGCUGAGUGUAUACUAAAGUUUUUGCAAUUACCCAUUGAAGAUUUGUUUAAUCCUGUCAAGAGUAAUGAGCUUUUGGAUUUGCUUAAAUUGGCACCCAAUUUCCCCGUGAGUUCAGUUGAUAAUCCUGUCAUGAGUAGUUUGGUUUUUAUGACUCAAUUAGUUGAUCCAGAAGUUGCACAUGCUGCCACCGAAGGUGCUCGUAAAGUUAUGGAUGAGAAACUCAAGGAGAAAUUAGAAUCGUUGAAAGUUGGAGGAAGCAAAGCAAAGAGCGAUAGAGAACAAGAACAAGAACAAGACUUAAAAGAAAACAAGAAACAAGAAGUUGAAGAAGCUUCUCAGAUAAAAUCUGAAACUAAAGAGUCUGAUAAUGAUGAGGACAUGAAAAUUGAUGUUGAAGAUGAAAAUAAUAAUGAUAGCAAAAAGGAAACUGAUUCAGCAUCUCCGGGAGAUGCACUUGGACAAGCAUCCGGUGCUACCUUUGGUAUUGUUGGAGCCCGGGCACAUUUAUUUGCUAAUUUUGAAGAGAGAGAGAUGUCCAAGAUCGGGAAUACGUUAGUCAACCAGCAAUUGUCCAAGAUUGACUUGAAGUUGAGCAAAGUAAGAGAGUUAGAACAGAUUUACGAGAAGGAACGUAACAAUUUGGCAAGACAACAAGAAGCUUUAUUUCUUGAUAGACUUAAUUUAACCAAAUCAACAUUGGCUAUUACUGAGAAAUUGAACACUGCUGCUUCCAAGAUUCAAACCAUGUUACAAGCUAAGGAAUCGGGUGGUGAAGGAGUUCAAGGAGGAUCUGUUGAUGCUUCUGGUGAGCUUGAUGAGACAUACAACCUUUUGAACCAGGUCAACUCAUUGCUUUACAAACCAUUGGAGCUUCUGAUUACUAGAGAGAAAUCGUCUGUUAAUGGUUCUGUGAAGGAUAAUACCAGCAACGGACAGAAUGGUACUCCUAAUUCAGCCACUGGUUUAGGAUCUGCUUCUGCUUCAACCACUAAAUUGAAUGAAUUGAAUUCCGCCAAUGAUAUCAAGCCUUUAUCUAUCCAGAUGCCACAAACGUUUAAAGUGUGGGUCCCUUGA